CCUCUGCGGACUGCGCUCCGGUGAGAGCUACCAUAGAGAAGGGCGAUGGUGUGGUGGAAGGUUUCGGUGCAACGCGGCUUCUUCGCGCUGCUGUGGUGGCUGCUCCUGUCAGCAGACUGCGGCCGCUGUUCGCAAAGGAACUCGCCGAGUCACAGCCCAGCGACGUUGAAUUUCACGGUGAAGCAAGCGGCGGCAAAGAAACCAGAAGUUAGAGACAGGAAACCGUUGGACAAUUUCGUGGACACCGGAGCACCGGGUGAAGAUACUGAUGUGGCUGAUAACCGAAGACCACAUGAUGUGCGCACGCUGGUUGAAGAUAUGGAAGGCGUCCAGUUCCAUCCGGCUCAGCUCGUAAAAUACACCCAGUCAGCCAAUGCAACGGCCCUGCCGCCCACCAGCUCGGCAGUUACCAGUGCUCUCACCGUGCCAGUUGUGGUGUCCCUGCUGCACUAUGACGACGUCAAGGGCCACUUGGGACAGCCGGCACCAGCAGGAUACCCCGUCGUGUGCGUCCCGCCGUGCGACCCGCAUCACCCGGGCUUUGCCACUCUGGGCGCCAGCUGCAAGGAAUCCACCAGGAGCGGUCCUCCGAGUACCCUGCAGUACACAUGGGAUGCUGCAGCUACGGACGACGAUGGGUCGAUCACAUUCGAGCCCAUUUCCCGGGAGACACCUUUCGCAUCUGUACAGCAGCGGGUCCUUGACAGUAUGUACCUCCCAGGCGGAUCUACUGUGAGGUGCAUCGUUGAGGAAACACGAGGCGCUUUUGGUCACCGACGGACUUUCAGCGACCCUGUGGUCAUCAGCCCUAAAGGUAUCUGUCCUGCUGACAAACAACAGGUGCAAGACGUCACUGCCUCCAUGGAAUAUCUGAACGGCACCGGUCCCUCAGCACAACCUGAUCGCUUGCGCAUUACUGUUCACCUAAAGCACAGAGACUCCAUGCUGCCUCUGGUCUCGACGCAUCCGCUACCCAGCGCCGAGCAACUCUUCGGGAACGUUGUUUCGCAGAAGCAGCACGUCUGCUCCAAUGUAGCGGGCCGCGGAGACCAUGACUUGGCGUUUGCCGCCUUCAUGAAUUCUGCGGCCGGUGAUCCUGGCACAGGGGAGGCGAGGCCUUACCAGAACGACCCAGCAAUCCGCGGUUCUCCUACGGUGGCCCUGUACCGACACCUUGAUCUGGACCGGUGCCUAUGGACGUUUGAGGCCGCCAUAUCACUCAAGGAUGCAGUUGGCGUCUGUGGCGGUGUCCUGCUCGAAGAUUUCAAGGAGCCCGAUUCGCACCGACGGUUUGUCACGGCGCGGCUACCGCUGUACGUGACGCUGGCUUUCCCGGUAGUUGGCGCAGCCUUUGGAGAGGCGGCCCCUCGAUGGACGAGCGUGGAGCGGCGCUCGCAGCUGGAGCUGAGCUUCGCGUACGGGCCGGCGCUGUGGUCAGAACGGCCUCUGGGCACGCGAGCGACGCCGAAGGCCAAAGUUUCAGUGACCAGGGUGUCGCUAAGCCGCGACGGCAGGCUCAGCGUGCAUCUGCUCUCCAAGGCGCUGUUCCACGGCAUGUUGGCGCUGAGCCACACGACCAAGAAGGACGUCCGCGGCCGAUUCUCGAAGCCAGCGUCCGGGGACUCGGGCCACUACUCUCUCACUCUGUUGUGGGCCGAGCCAUCGUUCGACGCACCGUCGCAACUAUGGAAAGCUGUGUCCGAGCACAGCUUCAAGGAUUACUCGGGUCUUCACGAGUUGGAACUUGUACCAUGCGUCGCCGCGCCAACCCAGGAGUACAAAAUACCUCCAGAGGACUUCUGCACGUCCCUCGACCCGCUAAGGUUCCAGGUCUCGGUCCUGGCUCCCCAGCCCAUUAAUGCCCUCGACGGUGCAGUCUACAACAUGGGCACAGAGUUGCAGUUGCUCAGCAGCAGGGAGGAGUUCCUCUCCGACCCCAGGGACUUGCCGCACGGUUUUGGAGACGUCGACGAGAGGCGCAUCUUCUUCAGAGGAGAGACUUUGUUCGGCCGCGUCUUGUGGAAGCCGCUGGAAGAUCUCAGCGCUAGUCUCCGCAUCGACCAAGUCUACCUGUGCACAGGAAAGGCGGGCUUCACGCCCAGCUUCGACCCAACGGGCCACGAGCUUGCCCGAGCACCGAGUUUUGGCUGCGUGCAGCCCAGUCCAGACCUAGAACACCGUUUCCUCAUUCUGGACCGCAGCAAUCCAGACCACGUCCAUGAUUCGGUAGCAGGUGUGCCUUUCAAGGCCAAACUUGCCGAACAGGAUUCUCUCACCAGCCGGUUGCGGGACUAUCCGGGAGUUGACGGAUUCUCCAUGCUGGUUGAUCCUCUGUAUGAGACUGCGUCCGGCGGCCAGUGGUACUUGCAGGUGCUGUAUUCGGUCGUGCCCCACGGCAGAGGCGGACAUAGACGGCGCCGAGGCAUGACGGUGACUUCACCGAGCAACGAGACGGCGACUGCGACCGAGAUGCACUCGUUCCGCAUAGGCGGCAAGUCGGCUGGCGCCGCUUCCACAGUGCUCGCAGCAGGGAGCUCUGCGCUCUCGGUGCUGCUGCUUGGCGGUUGGGCCGCAUACCGGCACCGCCGAGCAGUCGUCGCAUCUUCUGCAGCCACAAGUACUGGCGCGCGAAACGGCGGUCGCUACGCUGCUCUGUGCGGCCAUCACCAUCAUCAUAGCCACUGUCACCAUUACAAUGUAUCGUCGCUGUGCAUGCAAGGAGCGCGGGUUGUGGCGUGGCCUCCCGUGUUAGACACUGUGCGCCCUGACACCACCGAAGUGUGACAUUUAGCCCCGUGAAGGCGUUGCACGAUUUUUCGCUCCCGACAGUUGAAACCGAAAGCUCCCGCUUUUGCAUGCUCCCGCGAACUAUACGACACGUUUCACGCGCACCAAGACGUUUGCACAAGACAAGCACGCGUGAAAGUUCGUCCGAUCUGAAUGCUGCAGUCAUGCUGGCCACGAGUGAAGGAGUAGCGUACAUGGACAACAAGCUUCAUCUUCCGAAAAUGCAGCGGGCUAUGUGCAGGGUCAAUCGCGCUUGACUAAAACAAAGGUUACUUGCUUAACGACCACUCCUAAAGGAACGGCUACUGAAUCCAAGGAAAAGAGCUUCUCCGCUGUCAAGGGGAGAUAUUUCAGCAGAUGUUAGAUCAAUGGCUAAAAAUAAGCAUCAUGACAGCAAAGCCGUGAAAAAGUAUUAGCGCGAUUGUGUUUCCGUAGCAGUACCAAGAAAACACAAAAACCUCAAGGGGUCAACGUUGAGCCGUGUGAACUGUAAUACAGCUAAGACAUCUUUAAGCGUUCGCUCUUUGCCACGAUCCAAUCCUUAAUGGACCGUCAGUUCGAAGGAGUACGAGGACAGUGUGCUGAUGCGGUUGGGAAGGGGUGAGAGGAGGUGGAAGAGGAAUCUAUCGCGUUUCUCCAACUGCGCGUCAUACCACAUAAAUAACGCUAUAGGCAUGUAAUCAUGUGUACUAUACACAUAAAGAUGUGCCGGCGACCGGCUCUGUUCUCUACGGAAUUACGCAAUGAAGCAACAAAUGCUAAAUGUUGUGACUACAACAAAUGCAAGCCUUCGAGCGCAUAAUUCUUUUACGAAAGCGAAGCUUUCUUUGCCACCUUCCACGAGUUUUGUCCGUCGACUCGAUUGGUUUCUCGCCGAUUAAAGUGGGCCGAUCCCGGAGUCAGUUUAAUAGUAAGCUGCACCGGUCCUGCAGAAACGAAAACUUGGCCAAACCAAUGUAAAGGAAUUAUAUGGAAUGACGUGAGGGGGUUAUGGAGGAAUGAGAGGAGUAAUUUGGAGAGGUGGAGGGGGCGACGGAAAGCUGCUUCACCAAAGUUUUGCGCUGGACUAGUUGGUGCAUGUAUUGACAAAAUUUCCCAGCGCAUCAGACAUGAAAAAGAAAUAGACACUCACAGCUUUUACUAACUGCCAUACCUUCUCUCAGGGAGAUGAACUUUAACUAUUUAUUUCAGUGCUGUGAAAGUGUAUUUCUAGUUGUCCGUUCUAUAACGCACUGGGAAAUUUUGGAAAGAGAUGCUUUCUAAGCCGGAAACUCAACGGAUUUACAGCAAAUUUCAAAGGAGUUAACGCUAUCUUUGACACCCAUUAUCGAUGGUUUCUGCAGGAAUGUAUUGUAGCGCAGGUGAAAACGCAAUGCGCGUUUCCGGUCGUAUUGAAGAAGUGCAUGUAAAUGAACGCAACCUUGUUCCAAGCAUCACUGUCUUUAGACAAACUUGAUCGUUACUGAGCUUUCGUGACAGUAAAGAUGGGUUACGGAACUGCUGUCAGACCCUCCCGGUAUGCGCAUCCCGUCCAGCCACAGAUGCACAAAAGAGGUAUCCUCUAUUUAUAAAUUAUACUCACUCAUAAUCUGAAAGGAGGUCGAUUAUGCAUUAAAUGGACCCUAAAGGGAAAUAUUAAA